UCAAGCGGUUAAGAGUAUAUUUCAACCUUGAACCGAAGGGUGCAUUCGAGCUUAGCCACCUCCACAAUCUUGUCACACAUGGUACCCCUAGUUCCGUAAUAGCGACCGAUCAUAGUUCGAAGACAACAAGUCGCGAGCAGACACAAAGAUGGAAGGAACAGGUAGUGUUCGCACAUUGAUGGAUAGUUUGUGCUGGGCUCUAUAUGGCCCGUUAGCAUCCCACCGCAGGCAUCUUGCUGUAACAAAAGGCAUAGCUCCAGUCAUCAUCGCCCAAAACACACUGCUGCAGGCUCUAGCCAUGCAUCGCCCUUCAAAUAAUCAGGAGCUAUUACGUUUGCCUGGCGUUCGUGAAAGAAAGGCGUUGCAAUAUGGAGAGUCCUGGUUGGGAAUCAUUACAAAAUUUGAAGCAGAACAGAAGCAGGGUCGUGGCUAUACAGUAAAACAAGAAGCCGAUAAUCAGACCGAAAAUAGUGAAAUACAUACAAGGUCAAUACGCCCAGAUCCGAAGCGCAGGAAAAUCGUGGGCGUAGGUCGCUCGAAGGAAAUACUAUCACCGUCCGACCAGCCUCCUGCUGUCUUCAAUACUGGCAUAUCAUUUCAACUAAGCAAGACAAGCCUCACUGAUAACCCCCCAAGGGUAUCUCGAUAUGAAGCGCAGCGUGAUGAAGGUCGCGAUAACGAUAGUAGUGAUGACGAUGACGCUGCUUCCGGGCCACCAAUGCAACCACCCUCGCCAGCAACGCUGAAAUGUAGGCGAGAUCUCGCCGCUGGGGCGCAACGACGAAGGCCACCCCAAAGUGCAGUAGAGACGCUAGUGUGUAUAACAGGCUCUCUAGCUCUCGAUGCAGCGACAGCGACCAAGUCCACAUCAACCAGCCGGGACGAUCUAAAGCCAAGGGCUGCUGCAGCGCCGCCCAUUUCUCCGGCCAUGUCAACGGCUUCGCAUCGCCUGGUUUUGAAUGGCUUUAAGCCGCAACAUGAAGCGUGCGUCAUCUGAUCGUACUAGGCGGGGAAGGAUGCUUCUGCGCAAGAAACUAGAGGCCUACGUAAAGAGGGUUAUCUGGGCGAUGCAUCCCAAACCGACCGAACCUCGGGGCGGUAUGAAGGAC